AUGCAACUACCUGUAAUAUCUGAUAUAUCUCCAAAUCCACCUCCUCCCUUCACAAAAUCACAAAUGGAACAGCUACGAACAAUGAUUCUAAACAAUAAUGAGCCAGAUCAUCAUGAAUCUGGUGCCAUCCCCGUGGGACCUGGAGGCAUUUCUGCUGGCGCUGGUGAUCGGGAAGGAGAAGAUGGAGCUGAUGAUGGUGAUUCAGGCGCAGAGGGUGAAGAUGGUGCGUUAGAUGUUGGGCUCUCUGAGCUUGUUGGGCUUGGGGGAGGGGAAGCCUGCGGGGAAGGCAUUGAAGCAGUACUUGGUGAUGGGGCUGGGGACGAGGUUGGAGGAGGAGUUGCAGCGCUUGGUGGCAUGGUUGGGGGAGGGGAAGCCUGCGGGGAAGGCAUUGAAGCAGUACUUGGUGCUGGGGCUAGGGGCGAGGUUGGAGGAGGAGUUGCAGCGCUUGGUGGCGGGGUGGCCAUGGUUGUUGGUGGGGGAGUAGACAUGGUGGUUGGCGGCUGGGAGCUGGAGGGUGGAACUUGA